CCCCGUCCCUCUUUUCCCCUUCCGUUGGUUUCUCCCUUCUUUUCAUGAAAGUGACAACGCAAUAAGCUCCGGUUCUGAGAAGAGAAGAGAAGUGGAGAGGAAGAGAAGCAUUCUGAGGGUGUCGACCGAAGAAGGGGCGGGACAGAACUAAGGGCAGCGGCGGAGCGGAUUCCGGUGACCGGACGACUCUAACAAUGUCGAAGAAGAAGGUUUGCUCGACGAUGUCCUUGAAGGACUUCCACGGCGGCGCAAUUCCUUCUGAUCUUCCUUUGCCCUCUGCUCCCGGAGUUGUUGCGAUACCUGGUUCUGACCGUAGCGCAUCUGCAAACUGGGGAAACAAUCUGAUGCGGACAGAUCUCCGACCGCGGCCCAAGUCUUCAGGUGCAUCUCGUGGCUUUGAUGAGAAAGGAUCACUUCUUUCUCACCCAUCUCCACCUAUUGGCCGAAACUUUGAUGAGGAUGAGCGCAAACCACUAGACGGUUUAUCUGCUCCACGUCGAACCAUUAGUGAUGAAAGCAUUCAGAGGUCUGCUGCUGUGGUGCAUCAGGAAGUGAAGCUGGAUUACCCUUCUUCAGUCAGUGUACACGAUAGACCGCUGUCAAGUCCAGGCAUCCAGUCUCCCAGUCUAGGAACUGGAUUAAGGUCUGUGGCUGGUUUUGCUGGUAUUGAUCAGGCUGUUAAUAGUUCCAAAGCUUCAGGUGCUUACAAUGGUCAAGGAGUGAAUAACAACCCCCCUAAUGCAUGGGGAGUGAAGAAGGAAGUUAGUGAGUACGUCGCUCCAUCACCAUUGGGGACAAGUCCUAUAUCCAAGCUAGCUCAGGCAAGUGCUAUUGACAAAGUGUCCUCAGGGAUGUGGCAGUCAAAGAACCCUACCAACCUCUUACCUCACUUGCUUUAUGCUAAGGACAACGUCAUCACACAGGGUGGGGGUGGGAGGGGUGCCUAUGAUCCUACCCGUGGUAUUCAAACUGAAAAUGAUCUACUUACUGAAGAUAGAAACCGGGGGUUUGGAAGGGAAUAUCCUAGUUAUGGAAGAGAUCAGACUCCUAGGCCAAGAGAAGAUGGAUAUCAGCUGCCGCAGACUGUUCUUCCAGUAAGCUCGGAUCAAGUUAAACCAAAGCCUUAUCAAAGGUCUACAUCGUUGGAAACUUCCGAAGUAGAGUAUAGACAGGGGUUCCAGCAUGCUACUCAGCCUGGUCAGGCUGAAAUUAUUCACGGCUUGCAUGGAGAAGCAAGUUCACCAAAACAAGGGCCAAUAGGUGGCAAGACAAAUACCAGGCCAGCUGAGAAACCAGUUGAGCGUCCAAAGCUGAACUUGAAGCCCCGCUCCCAGCCUCGUGAACAAUCUGAAGGGAAUGCAGUGAGAGAACGGAAUUCGUUGUUUGGUGGUGCUCGGCCUCGUGAGUUGGUUCUCAAGGAAAGGGGCGUAGAUGACAUUGAAAUCAACAAGAUUGACCACCCCAGUCCUUCACCUAAGAGGGUUAAUUCUCUUAAGAUUGAAGUUAAGUCGGAGCACUCGGGUCCUGCUGCUCGACAGGGUCCCACGAAGAGUGAGGUUCGCACUCCAACCAACAGGGGCAGGACUGGAGGAAGGGAGUUUGAAAGGAAGGAUCAUCAAAAGGCAGACCACAACGAGAAGCCGGAACAAGAAAGGAAGAGCUGGCGGAACGACAAGUGGAAGGGCAGCAACAAAGAGGUGGUUGUUAACCAUAAUAAUAAAGAACAGCAACGCCCCGAACCUGAAACAUGGCGCAAGCCGAUCGAAGAACGAAAUUCCAGCACCUCAUCAGAAGGCGCCGGUCAUGGCAAGUUGGUCUCGGCUUUAGAGCUCGCACAAGCUUUCUCCAAGUCAGUCUCGGUCUCGAAGAACAACAGCGAACCACCGCGUUCACCACAUCGAGGAGGACCGGUCAGGCAGAACAACGACAAGAACGGUAGUCAGGUACUUUUUUCUCGAUUGACAGAGACUCGUAGUGAACUCUACCCUGCACCAUCCACGGCUAGGCACCGGGUGAAUGGUUACUAGACAUGAGUGCUUGAGAUCAUAUUGUUGUGUGGAAGCGGGGGGGUUGGGGGGAUUUAAUUUUAGUUAUUUUUUCUUUCUCGUCGUCAUGGUUGGUUGCUAUGCUGUCAUAUUCUUAUGUGGCUCGAGAGCAGCAGAAGGCAUCAAUCAUUCUCAGGAAGCAGAAGUUCAGAGAGGCUGUAAUGUAAUAGUGGGUUCUCUCUCUCGACUCCAUUUGAUUGUUGAAGAGCGAUUUCAGUCUCUCAGUAAUCUCGAUUAUCAGCAUGAUUGAACUGUUGCAUGGCCAUUGCAGUUAGAGUUUACUUCCUCUAUUCUUGUAUUUUGCUACCUGCACAGCUUGAGCAGGUAGAAGCUUUUCGCUUUUCCUUAACGUUGUUGGUCCCCCCGGUAGUAAAUAUGUUGGAACUCUCAAUGGUUUUUCAUGUCUCGGGGUGCAUAACUCUAUAGUCAAUAAUCAUGCACAAUCUAAUAAAAAUUCGUCACAUUA